CGAUCCCCAACGAUCUUCAGGAUGUCAAAUCUUAACUCGGGCACAAGGGCAGCAAGGAGGACUGCCCAUUUUUUAAUGACCUUCCGACAGUUCAUCAACCUGCGAUGUCCUGCUCACUCCCGACCCAGGAACUUGCACCUUACUCCAGGAACAGCAUCCUCACAUAAACACCAUGCGAUCUCCUCUCUCGUUCAAUCAUAUCGCAACUACCGCUCUCGUCAACGACCAGCUUCAAUUCCCUCAAGCCUUUUCUGUAGUCAGGAAUACACCUCUGCUGCUGCUACAUCCGCACAACUACCAUUAUUUUACAAUCCACCUUUGACCCACAACACAAACAAUGCCUCCCCUGACGACGCUCCAGCUCCGAAAGAGCGCGUCCUCCUCUUGAUGUCCGGCGGCGUCGAUUCCUCCAUGUGCGCAUACAUUCUCCACAACCAGGGCUACGACGUCACAGGACUUUACAUGCACAACUGGAACCACGACGAAGAAACCCAAGACGAAGUUGAGUCCGAGUCCAGAUCAUUACGCCAACAACCUUCCGGUAGCGAGCACGACACCCUUUACCUAACCGAGUCCACCCCUCCUUCGAAUCCCACGACCUCCCCAGCAAUGACAAUAACUUCACUAAGCACGCGGUCCCCGAGGACGGCAAGAACCCGUCCAAAGGUCUGCACCUCUGAUCGCGACUGGGCCGACGUGCAAGCCGUCUGUGCCCAGAUCGGCAUCCCGGCGCGUCGGCUCGACUUCUCUCGACAGUACUGGAAUCAGGUGUUUGAGGUCAUGCUCGCAGAGUACGAGCGUGGACGAACCCCGAACCCGGAUAUCACCUGUAACCGUGAGAUCAAGUUCGGAGAACUGAUCGAAUGGUGUCAUCGGAACGGUGGCCUUGGUAAAGAUCGACAUCGUCACCUCUGUGACCAGGACAAGAGCCAGGACAGGGGUAGAACUAGCAACAAAGAUGCGAAUGCAAACAAUUUGUCAGCACAGGAUACGAAUCCGAUGACGAUGUUACAGGGAUGGGAUUAUCUGGCUACGGGACAUUACGCCCGUGUCGAACGCGAUUCUCUCACGGGCCAGGCAAAGCUCCUCCGCGCGCUUGACAGCAACAAAGACCAAACUUAUUACCUUUCGACCCUUUCAGAAGAAGUCCUCCGACAUGUACUUUUCCCCCUGGCCCAAUACGACAAACCGACCAUCAAGAAAAUGGCCCUGACCACCGGAGCAGCUCAACUCAAGAACGCGGCCGUGAAGAAGGAGAGCAUGGGAAUUUGUUUUGUCGGACAGCGGAAGCGUUUCGGAGAGUUUUUAGAAGAGUACCUGGAGACGAGACGGGGCCCCGUUAGAGUCAAUGGACUGGAGGGGCCGAUAAUUGGAGAGCAUAAAGGCUUGGUCAGAUAUACAGUCGGCCAGGCCUCUGGCGUUACGCAUGGGUGCCAGAAAUGGGUUGUGCUCAGGACGGACCUGCCAUCCAACACCCUGAUUGUUGUUGAGGGAACACAAAACCCAAGGCUUUUUUCACCAGGACUAAUUGCAGAAUCAUGGCAUUGGAUUGCUGGUCAACCACCCCAGAGACUGCUACAGUCUACAGUCGGAGAAUCCGACUCGCCAUCAUCGGACGAAUAUCCCUUCACAGCACAGAUCCGACACCGACAAGCACCUCAACCAUGCAAAAUCGAGCCCAUCUUGGACACUGCGGGCAGGGUGUCAGAUGCCGUGUCUGCACAGCUAUUCAGGGUGCACUUUAAGGAUCUUCAAAGAGCCAUAGCUCCUGGCCAGCAAAUCGUGCUUUACGAUCAGGAUGAGUGCCUCGGUGGAGCUGUGAUCCAGUCUGGUCUUCCGUCUCCAUUCGAUUCUUUGAAGCAAUAAAGCUCGGGCAAUCGUAUAUGAACGGU